AAACGAUAUAAGGCGUCUCGACGCCACGUUUGUACUACAACAUUUUACACAAACGCGGAGUAUCGAAAUGUUUAGUGUUAUUUGCGUUUAAAGUCUCUUUUAAAAAGACUUACAGAUGCUGUUCAUAAUGAGAUUAAUAUCAUCUUUAAAUUGGUGUUCUUAUAAACAUUUAGUGAUUUCCAGUUACCAUUAUCAGACUGUGUACUUUUUAAAUAUCCCCUAUUAAUCACUAAAAAAAAAAAGUAAAAACUCGUAGUGUUUCAUCGUCAUCUAUCAACUUGUUGACGAAAUUUUAUUUCCUGGAAACCGGGAAUUGAAAUAUUCGUGUUCGAAUACUCGAAAGGAAUCAGCGUUUAGUGCGCGCGUGGCUUGCGCCACUCAAAGUGACAUCAGCGUCUCGGAGUGGGAGACUCUCCAACUAAAUAUUUACCGUCCGAUCGGAGACGUUCAACGUCAGUUUGCAUCGAGUAAAUUUGCAGUAAACUCACAUUUCUCAAAAGAAAAGUUAUUUUCUUUUUGUUUUUUUUUGGUUGGUUACCAUUGUAUGGAGCGUGAUAUACAGCCGUUAAAGUCUUUGUGUACCGCUGAUCAAAAUGCAGCCGGUCACGAGUCUUUUUCUAAUAAAAGCGCGUCAUACUCCGGUCCUAUUCUUCCCAACGGAGAAACCAGUUCCGAUAGAUCGUUGGAACCAACAGUUGGCCGUUGGGGCUGCGAAUGGCCGAGUUGACUCGCGAACGAGAACGCUUGGUCUCAAAAUGGAACCCUCCUAGGGUCAAAGCAGGAGCCCGUCUACGGGGCUCACGGGGAUUUAAUCGGCGACGAUGUCGUACGACGAGCCGACGCGGUUAGCUGCACUCUAGCCCAACUUAUAGAAGAUGAACAAGACAAUGGUCUGUGGCCGUUGGAACAUCCCUUACCUCUCCCGGGUUGGGAGGAGGAAUACAUCGUUCCUUAUAGAUUAAAGAACAUCAGGGAAUACGAAACGUUGGCGUGCGAAAUCGAGAUGCAACUACGCAAAGUCUUGGAAGAACACAAUUACGAUACCGUUGGCAAUUUUUUGAAAUUUUACGAAAUGUUCCAAAAAAGCGGCAACGAUAACCUACUUGAGUUUUUCCAUCUAUAUUCCCCCCCGAUAACUUCGGAACAUUAUACUUGCGUUGGAUUGGCCUUCGAAUUGUGGAAUCGAUUGAGAUUCAAUUUGGAAAGUAAGUAUCCAGGUAUAGGUAACCAUAUUUGCGUGGUAUCUUGCGAGGAAGACGUCGAGAGUUCGAUCGGUUACACCAACACUUGUAGAUUCGAUCCCGGAUCCGUUCCGCACACCUUAGAAAAAGAACACGUGUUGAUGUGUUUGAAAGUGGAAUUUUCCGGAAGAACGGCGACCAUGUUGUGCGAUCCCGGAUAUCACGUUUCUAGAGUCGUCACCGUCAUGUCGGACGGCGCGUAUCCGCAUACAGGUUGGUUCAUACAAUCCGAAGACAACGAUAUCCGUAAAGAAUACAAUUACCAAUUCACUCCGCACACGCAUUUCGUCGAAUGGAACGAAAAAACGACGAGGAAAGGUAAAGAAGAAACUUUCGUCGGAAUCAUCUACGUCGGUAGACCCUAUUUGACCGCCGUCGAUGUCACCGAAAGAAGAAAUUUGGUUUACGGAUUCAGAAGUUUGUUAUCUAGGGAUCAAAAGGGCGAUUUAAUCGCCGGUAUUUAUUUCAAGUUGUUGAUGAACGGGGACGAAUUCACCAUCUUUUAUCAAAAUAUGGGCAAACAACGGAUAAAAUUAAAGUUUUCCGACUUUAUGAAACCGGAGGUCGACGAAGGAUUAUUAAACACUCUGUCAAUUUGUAACGAACAACUCAACUUACCGGAAAAUAAAUUAUUGAACAUUGUCAGGCAAUCUGGCAAAUUGAUGAGAGACACAAAAUUUCUUUUGCAGUUGUUGGACGUCGAUCGCUGUAUCAACUUGUUGUCCGCCAAUAAUUAAAUUUAUUUCUUCUUUUUUUUUUUUCGUAUAUAUUUUUAAUUAGGAUUUGUUGAAUAUUUUAAUCCCCUCUUCUUGCGUUCGGCUCAUUUUUCUUUUUAUUUUAUAUCAAAAUAUUUUUCUUCAUUAUUAUUAUUAUUAAUCGAAAUCAUAAACAUACUAAAAGAUUUUUAUCGGUGUAGGUAUGUGUGUGAUUUUGUAUAAUUUUCUUGGACUAAUAUGCAGUUAUUUUUUUUUUCAAUAUUAAAAAUGCUUUUGACUACUGCAUGUUAGUCCAACUAUUAAAAAAUAUCUAAUUAUUAACUCUAAGUAUAUUCGUAAAUCUUCUACACUUAUAAUCAGUAAGAUAACACCAUUAAAAUUUAGUUUUUAUCAGGUAAAGGGGUUAGAAAAUAGCCAGUUCACCCUUUUUCAACAUUUAUCUUUAUUUGUAGUAAAAUAAAGAAAAAAAAUUAAUAUAUUUCAAGUCCUUCAAAUAUCAAAUUGUAUAGAAAUACGAUUUUAGAUAAAUCAGUUGGUAUUAUGUUUGGUAAUCUUAAAGGUCAUUCUAUAAUAACGAAAUCCCCGUUAUCUUACAGAUUGAUAAUUGUUAAUAUUUGAUAAGGCUUUAUAUUUAAUUAUAAUUAAUAAACAAUUUUAAAACAGCAAUUUAUUGAUUCACAUUUUACGUGCUUUUCAACAAAUAACGCACUUUAAUAAAUGUUACAUUUUAUUUUUAAAUUAUAAGUGAAUCGAUAUAUUUUUUAUUUUAUCACUACUUAAUAUAAAAUAAUUUUAUUGAAAAUUUUUCAUAAACCUCACGCUAUGCUUUUUUAGAUGUAUUUUAGAUAUUGUUCAAAUCAAAUUGUAGUUUAAACUAAUAAAAAUGUGAAAUUUA